UGUUUAUGUCUAUAAAUUGCUUAAUUCAAUAAUAUUUACAAUAUUUUUGUGAAGUUUACUUCCUAAUAUCCUAAAUUGUAAACACAAUAAUAUAUCAUGAUCAAAAUGCUAUACAAAAAUGUCGGACGAGGAACAUGGGGAAUCAUCUGCACAGAUGCUAUCUUCACAAUUCAAAGAUGAUCAAUUAGAAAUUGUUGAGGUGACUUCAUUUGAUAAAGCACAGCUGGAGAGUUUAAAUGGUCAUGUGCUGGAAGCAGGAGAUGGUACGGAGGGCCUGAAAUAUAUGCAAGUUCUGGACUCCAGUAAAAAUAUGAUGGUGGAUUUAUUGAAUUUGACUUUAGUUAGGAGUGAAGAUGGCCAGGAGUCAUAUCAGUUGGUGAGCAAUGCAGAUUCCUCGGAGGGCAAUGAAGGUGAAACGGUCACUUGUGUUUUGCAAACCACUGAAGAUGGUGAAGAUUCGGAGAACCAAGAGACAUAUGUGAUGAUGGAGGGUGCAGAUGGUCCGUUAAUGUUCCUACAGCAGUCUCCGAUAAAGAAACCAUCACCAUUGAAGCCAGCGCCUUCGCCUGCGGAAAUAUUAGAAAGAGCCAAAGCCUUACAGAAAGCUAAAAAUCUGAAUCCGAGCGAUGUUGGUGCCGGUGGUGCAGGGGGCGAUGUUUAUUUAACUGAACUAGAGGACUCGCCAGAAUAA